ACGCGGGGAAGAAGGCGAAGGAGAAGGCGCCCAUCGGCGGAGGAAGCGGCGGCCAUCGGCGGAGCAAUGCCAGUGGAAAACAAGAGCAGCUCCUCGGCUGGGAAAGGCGCAGGGCUUUUGCAGGCAGAGAUGGGUGAGGAGAUCGGAGCCACUGUGAUCACUCCAGCUAUGCUGCAGGAGGAGGAGGCGCUUGAGGCAGAAGGAAGAGAGAAGGAGAGGCAGAUAAUGGAGAAGGCCCGAAUGUCCGGUGAUAGAGACUCAAAUGAAAUUCGCUACAAGAGACUUCAACACUUGCUUGAAAAAAGCAAUAUCUACUCAAAGUUCCUGCUAACUAAAAUGGAACAGCAGCAACUAGAGGAGCAACGAAAGAAAGAAAAGGUAGAAAAAAAGAAAGAACCAUUAAACACUGCAAAGAAUGAAAACCUAACUUCUGAGAGAGAAGGCAAAUUCGCUGGAAAAAAGAAGAGAGUCAGAGAAGACACAACAUACAAUAUUUCUGAUGUCAUGUCAAAAGAGGAAAUCUUGUCAGCAAGCAAAAAAAGCAAACUGGAAAAGAAUCAGAUUGAAAGCUCUCCUCCAAAACUCUGUGCAGAAGAAAUCCAGAAUAAUGGGGACUCAAAUAUAAUUAUUAAGGACAGGUUGGCCGAGGCAAUGCGCCACAAUGCCAAGCAUUUCAUUGACCCAAUACGAAAAUUUAACGGACAGCCAAUACCUUUUCAGCAACCAAAGCUUUUCAUUGGAGGAAUAAUGAGGUGGUACCAAGUUGAAGGCAUGGAAUGGCUUAGGAUGCUGUGGGAGAAUGGCAUCAAUGGUAUUCUGGCUGAUGAAAUGGGCUUAGGAAAGACAAUCCAAUGUAUUGCAACAAUAGCCUUAAUGGUGGAGAGAGGCGUUGCUGGGCCGUUCCUUGUCUGCGGGCCCCUGUCUACGCUUCCUAACUGGGUGGCAGAAUUCAGAAGAUUUACUCCUGAGAUACCUAUAAUGCUGUAUCAUGGGACCCAGCAAGAACGGCGUGCAUUGAUUCAUAAAAUUCGAAAGAGAGGAGGUUCUCUGAAUGUCCAUCCUGUAGUCAUUACAUCUUUUGAAAUAGCCAUGAGAGACAGAAAUUACCUUCAGAACUUCUGCUGGAAAUACUUGAUCGUGGAUGAAGGACACAGGAUUAAGAAUAUGAAUUGUCGUCUUGUUCAGGAGUUAAAACGGUUUAGCACUGACAAUAAACUUCUAUUAACUGGAACUCCAUUGCAAAACAACUUAUCUGAGCUUUGGUCUCUGCUUAAUUUCCUGCUUCCUGAUGUGUUUGAUGAUUUGAAAAGCUUUGAGUCCUGGUUUGACAUUACUAGUAUUUCUGAAAUUGCCGAAGAUAUUGUUGCUAACGAAAGAGAACAGAACAUCUUGCACAUGCUGCACCAGAUUUUGACUCCCUUCUUACUGCGAAGACUGAAAUCAGAUGUUGCUCUAGAGGUUCCUCCCAAGCGUGAAGUUGUGGUCUAUGCGCCUCUUGUAAAGAAACAAGAAACCUUCUACAGUGCCAUUGUAAACAAGACAAUUCAAAAGAUGCUGGGAAAUGAACAGGAGGAACCUAUUGAGCUGAGCUCUUCAGGCCGACCAAAGCGACGCAGUCGGAAAGUGGUUAGUUAUCGUGAACUCAAUGAAAGUGACUUCCCUGAUAAACUCGAAGAACUGGUCAAUAAAAUGCAAGGCGAAGUUGAAAAAGAAAGGUCAGUGAUAGAAAUGAAUGCACCUUUGGAUUCAGAAGUCAACCUGAAGUUGCAAAACAUUAUGAUGUUGCUAAGGAAGUGUUGCAAUCACCCAUACCUUAUUGAAUAUCCACUGGACUCAACCACACAACAGUUUAAGGUUGAUGAGGAACUAGUGAAGAGUUCAGGCAAAUUUCUACUCUUGGAUCGCAUGCUUCCAGAACUAAAAAAGCGAGGACACAAGGUGCUGCUCUUCUCACAAAUGACACAAAUGUUGGAUAUUUUGAUGGACUACUGCUAUCUGAGGAAUUACCAAUUCAGUCGCCUGGAUGGAACCAUGUCCUAUGCAGAGAGAGAGAGAAAUAUGAAUAACUUUAACACAGAUGCUGAGGUUUUUAUGUUUCUGCUGAGCACGCGGGCUGGAGGUCUUGGCAUUAAUUUGACUGCAGCAGAUACUGUAAUAAUUUAUGAUAGUGACUGGAACCCUCAGUCUGACCUUCAGGCCCAAGACCGAUGUCAUAGAAUUGGCCAAACAAAGCCAGUGGUUGUAUAUCGCUUUGUAACUGCAAAUACCAUCGACCAAAAGAUUGUAGAGAGAGCUGCAGCCAAAAGGAAAUUGGAGAAGCUGGUUAUCCACAAAAAUCAGUUCAAAGGUGGCAAAUUUGGAGUAAACCAGUCAAAGAGCUGCUUGGAUCCCAAGGAGUUAAUGGAGUUGCUACAAUCCAGGGACUAUGACAGAGAGAUUAAAGGAUCAAAAGAGAAAGUAAUAACUGACAAGGAUUUAGAGUUACUACUGGACAGAGGUGACCUUAUCAACCAAAUGAAAAUCUCUGAGGGACUUAAAGAAAAAAAGGGAAUGUUCAAGAUCGUAGAGAACACUGAAGAUGCCAGCACAGAAGUUAUCCUUUGAAAUGCAACCAGCUUGCCCUUGUAACGUGAAUACAAAUAUGCUUACAGUAGUUACCAUAUUGUUGAUCUCUAUUCUCAGAGUUCAAAAGUUUGUUUCAAAUCAUAAUAUUUUCAAGAAAGGCUCUAAAUGUAGCAUUACUAAGUGUGCCGAUGUGAAAAGAAAGCUUUUGGAACUUUUUGAUACCAUAUGGAUGUUAGAUAAUUUUUCAGACUUACUAUAUCAGCUAGCUAUCUGAUUUGUACAGUGUUCUGUAGACAUUAUGCUAAAUAACUUCUUGAAAUAAUAUUUUGACUUCUUGCCUCCAUUGUGAUUUUAUUUGGACAGAGAGGAAAGGUUCGGUGUACUUGUUUACAAAACUAAAUUGUAUUACUUUAAUGCCAACUUUACUAAAUAAACUCAGAUUGAAAA